AUGUCUCUCUCUUCUCUCUCUCUAACGGACACUUUCUCUGAACCAAGCAACGGUUCCUUUUCCGUCCCCACAGCUGGGACUCCUUCAGCUCUUGCAAAGAGCUUUCUGGUGACCAUUUCCUCCAUCAAUGUUCUUCCACACCCACCUUUCCUGCUCAGAGAUGACGGUAGCUCCACAAAUCCAGGGGCAGGGAAGAUUCUCCUGCAGAUUGAUGUUUGGAAACCUCCAGACGGCGGCAAUAAAGGCUCUACCAGCCUAAACAGAGGAAGAAGAAGAAAAUGGAAAAUAGCCCAAGCUAAGGGCAAUGGUAACUAUUACUCUGCUAGAUACAAUGGAUACUACCGAAGUGAUGACAAGAUAGAGUCGGGUAAAGGGUCUCAACCCCCAUCAGAUGCUGCACCAAAAGGGAUGGGACAAUACAGGGGAAGCUCUGUUCAAUUUUUUGGGGAAGGAACAUAUGGAAGCCACCGGAUCUGCGGGAGAUUAUCAUUCAAUGGCAGAAUAAGAAGAGAAGUAGAGGGAAAUGAGGGAAUAGAAAGUCUAGGAAGAGCUCUGCUACAACCUAUGACACGAAUCGGGGGCAGGAAGAGGGGAGCCUUGAGCCAAGAGCCACUGCAACAGAGGGGAAGAAACAGAGGAAGGGAAAGAUCAGUCAAGAGAAGCAUAAUGAAUGCUUUGACAGGAGAGGUAAACACCACCAACAAGAGGGGAUUGAAGACAACAAACAGAGGAGUAGCCAUAAAGAGGGCAGAGAAACUUACCUACGAAGGAGAGGCCAUAAAGAAACCGAGAAAGGGAGGAGAAGUGCAUAUGCUUAUAUAA